CACCAGCAAGGAAACAACAGAGCCAGAGAAAGCCCAAGUUAGAUAUAUAUCAUCCUUAUUGGGCCUCGUUAUAAAGCCCAUCAACAGUUAAUCUCAUUCUCUUUCUCCAUCUGUCCCGUCCUCUCUCUCUCUCGAGCUCGGUCGGAAAUGGCAGAUUCGACGAGAAACCUGACUGGCCUCGGAGGACAAGCAUCGAAACACGAAGAAGAAGAAGAAGGAGAAGAGAACGAUGAUUACAUGGGAGACUUAUCUCAGUUCAUUCCACCUGAACUUACCCAGAAAUCUAAAAGAAAGGAAUCUGAAAAGAAAAGUGUAGCCGUUGAAGCAUCUCGUAAGAAGCUAAAGAAUCUCCCUUGGCACGAGCGGCGAAGAUUGGAGAAAGAGAGGAAGCAAAUAGAAGAGGAUGCACAGACAUUGGCUCGUAUUGAAGACACUCCCAUUGGAGAGUCUAACGUAGGGUUUAAGCUGUUGAAGCAAAUGGGUUACAAGCCAGGCUCUGCUCUUGGCAAGGGAGGUUCAGGUAGAGCCGAGCCAGUGACCGUGGAUAUUCGAAGAUCCAGGGCCGGUGUGGGGAGAGAGGAUCCACACAAGGAGAAGAGGAAGAGAGAGGAGGUUGAGAAGGAGAAUGAGAAGAGGAAAGUUGAGGAAAUGUUGGAGGAUUUUGGGGAUAGGCAGAAGUCUCAGUGGCGUAACAAAAGAGUUGUGAUUAAUUUUAGGAAGGCUAAGGCGGCUCUUGAUCAGCUUGAGAAUGUUGAAGUUGUUCCGGAGAAGAAGAAGGAAGGAGAUGAAGAUGGUAAGGCUGAUGAAGAAGAGGAGGAAGAAGAGGAGGUGAUCACUGAAGAGGAUUUGCAGGAGAUAUUAAUGAAACUGAGGGAUGAACAUCGGUAUUGCCCUUUUUGCGGUUUCCAGUAUGAAACGAGUGAAGCUCUUCUUUCCAAUUGCCCUGGCGUUAAUGAGGAUGAUCAUUAGAUAAGUCAUACAGUGCAUAAGGUUUGAAUCAGGUUCAAAGUUCACUCGUUAUGUGGCUGGAGAGGAAGCAAGAAUCAGAAGAAAAACACUGUUUAAGCAGGUAGGUGAAGAGAUCAACUCUAAAGGAAUUGCUGGUGGCCAUAUUACUCAUAUCCUUUCAUAGAUAGUAGGGUGAUAAAAAAGGAUGCAAAACUCUGAUUUGAUGUUAGAUGUUUUAAUGUGAUUCUUAAGCCAAGUACAAAUGUGCUUCUGUGUAGAUGUGAACAAAACAAA